CUUUAUCCAUCGAAAUUAAACGGCUUCUUUCACCUUCUCGUUUUGGCCAAAAACCGUUUCUUUCACUUUACUUCUGAACUAGAUCUAUGCAGUUACCACUUACCCACAUCGUUUCAAUCUUCAUUCUUUCUGGGUUUGUGAUCUUUCUCUUAUUUGAUUGAUCAUAGCUUUAUUUUUUUUUCUUAUUGGUGAUGAAGAAGGUUUAGGAAUUUCUUAUUUCUAAUGAGUGUAGUUAUCUUUAACAGCUAAAUGUGUAGCAGAGAAGGCUAGUGAUGGCAGCAGCUGAAGCAAGGGCUGUGUGGCAAAGGACAGCUAAUCGCUGCUUCGUUCAAGAGGAUACCAAAAGAGCUCCCAAGUUAGCUUUCUGCCAGUCAUCCUCUUCCACUAAACAGGCCGAUUCAAGCCCCACCGGUGCAGCAGAUACGAAUCAGCACCCUACAACAGGUUUCAAUCCUCUCAACAGGAACCCUUCCUAUUCCAAUCUACCCCCCGAUACGAGGUGGUGGCUUCAGCUGAAGGCUAGCUAUGGUCCCCAAAUGGGCUUAACACACGAGCAAUUAAAUGCAUUGGAGGAUGAGGUGGAAAGCUUGAAAGCUGAAAUAAACUCACCCUCCAAAGUAAGUAGAUCUCAUCAGCAGGAUUCACAUGAUGUUUCUCUUGAUUCAAUGCGAACAAUGGAGAACUGGGAAGUUUUGGAUAUGGAAUAUGUUGAAUGCCAUGCUUCCAUGAAAACAAAUGACUUCUGCCAUGAACCAGAAUCUCCCUGGUCUGGCCGUGGGAAGGCCGAGCCAUGGUGGCGCAAGACAGAUAAAGCCGAGCUGGCCUCCUUGGUUGCACAAAAGUCACUAGAUUAUAUCGAGAAUUGUGAUCUUCCCCCACCUCAGAAUGUGAAUGUAAGGAAGUACUCACAUGCAUGCUCUGGUUCUUUUGACAGUGGUGAAGUAUGUUCUUUGGCUUGGAAGCCCCAAAAAGUCCCUAUUUGCAGUUCGGUAGUUAAUGCACCGAUGUCUCCUGAUUCUAUAAGAAAACUUGGAGCACAAAUGGCUUCAGUUGAAGGGAAGAUGCAGUGUGCUUCCAAUACAUUGUCCAGUACGAGUACAACCGAAAAGGAUAUCUUGGAGCAAGUUACAGAGUCCGAUCCUACCAAGGCCCAGCUGCUAGAAGCACUUUGUCACUCGCAAUCACGUGCAAGGGAAGCCGAGAAAGCAGCAAACCAAGCCUAUGCGGAGAAGGAACAUGUCAUCAGGCUUGUCUUCAAACAAGCCUCGCAACUCUUUGCCUAUAAACAAUGGUUCCAAAUCCUGCAGCUGGAAGCCCUUUAUGUCCAGAUCAAGAAUAACGAGCAGCCUCUAGUCCUUCCGUGGACACCCUACAAAAGCCAGAAAAUGCAGAAGGACUGGCAAAAGACCGGAAAAGAGAGACGAGGGAAGCGAGGCCGACCUAGACCGGACAUAACCAAGUAUGCUGUUGCUUUAGCAUUGGGACUUGGUCUUGUUGGCGCUGGUUUGCUGUUGGGAUGGACCGUGGGGUGGAUGCUACCUUUCUAGACUAUGAUGGAGUUAAUCCAUUGCGACGGAAGAAUGGUCGGAUAUUUGGAUAAUAUCUGCUCUCCAUGGAUAUGUGGAGUUAUUUUGGACUUGAUUUUACAUG